AUGCUUCAUGGUACUCUGUUUGUUUUAUUUAAUCAAGCUACAAGGUUAAAGAAAGGGCGCCCGGGCCCUUUCCUAGGAGUUAUGAUACUUUGAACGGUCGGUUGUUACCGUGGCGCUAUUUUACUUUUUCUAGUUUGACAAACGGGUAGGUUAUGUUUCCAUGCUCUUUAUUCUACCUACUUUAUUUAAUUUUUGAGCACAAAAUGCUAUGUGGGGUAAACCUUCCUCAUCAAGUGGGCCUUCGCAAAUGUCGAUAUGCGACUAUCUAACGUAUGCUUAAAACUACCUUUAGCCCAGUUUACGUUGCUUUUGUUUUCUUUUAAGGGCCCGGUAUGUGAAAUACGUUUCCUUGAAGGAUUUUCGCGCUUAGUCAAAUGUCUGCUCUUUUAA